AUGUUCAAUUUGAAGGUUAUUUUAUUCUUAGCCUGGCAUCUCUUGCCUGAGGUGAAAACCUCCAUGGUAAAGUUGAAUAAUAAUGGAUAUGAAGGCAUUGUCAUUGCAAUUAACCCCAGUGUACCAGAAGAUGAAAAACUCAUUCAAAGUAUAAAGGAAAUGGUUACUGAAGCUUCUACUUACCUGUUUUAUGCCACCAAACAAAGAGUUUACUUCAGAAAUGUAAGCAUUUUAAUACCAAUGACUUGGAAGUCAAAAUCUGACUACUUAAUGCCAAAACAAGAAUCCUAUGACCAGGCAGAUGUCAUAGUUGCUGAUCCUUAUCCUAAGUACGGCGAUGACCCCUACACACUGCAAUAUGGACAAUGUGGAGACAAAGGACAAUAUAUACAUUUUACUCCAAAUUUCCUGUUGACUAAUAAUUCAUCUAUCUAUGGGCCCCGAGGCAGAGUCUUUGUCCAUGAGUGGGCUCACCUCCGGUGGGGAGUGUUUGAUGAAUAUAAUGUGGACCGGCCAUUUUAUUUUUCCAGAAAGAACACCAUUGAAGCAACAAGAUGUUCCACUACUAUUACUGGUACGAAUGUGGUUUUCAAUGAAUGCAAAGGAGACAGCUGUAUAACAAGGCCAUGCAGACGUGACUCACAGACAGGACUGUAUGAAGGGAAAUGCACAUUUAUCCCAAACAAAUCCCAGACUGCAAGAGACUCCAUAAUGUUCAUGCAAAACCUCGAUUCUGUGGUUGAAUUUUGCACAGCAAAAACACACAACAAAGAAGCCCCAAAUCUACAAAACAAAAUGUGCAAUCGCAGAAGCACAUGGGAUGUAAUCAGUGAAUCCCCUGAUUUUCAGAAUUCAACUCCAAUGACAGGAACAAAUCUAUCACUUCAUCCUACAUUUUCACUGCUCAGAUCAAAACCACGAGUAGUCUGCUUAGUACUUGAUAAAUCUGGAAGCAUGACUAAUGAAGAUGGUCUUGACGUGUCUCGCCUCACUCGAAUGAAUCAAGCAGCAGAAAUGUACUUAAUUCAGAUUAUUGAAAAGGGAUCCAUGGUUGGGAUGGUCACAUUUGAAAGUUAUGCUACAAUCCAAACUAACCUAAUAAACUUAACUGAUGACAGUGCUUAUCUAAACAUCACUGAAAAAUUGCCUCCAGAGGCUGGUGGUGGAACUUCAAUUUGUAGUGGACUCAAAACAGGAUUCCAGGUAAUUACCAUGAGUAACCAGAGUACAUCUGGCUCCGAAAUCAUAUUGCUAACAGAUGGGGAAGAUUCUGGGAUAAGCUCAUGCUUUGAGGAGGUCAAACAAAGUGGUGCAAUUAUCCACACCAUUGCUCUGGGACCUUCUGCUGCCAAAGAACUGGAGACUCUGUCAGAUAUGACAGGAGGGCAUCGUCUUUAUGCCUAUAAAGACAUAAAUGGGCUCAUUGAGGCUUUCAGCAGAAUUUCAUCUAGAAGUGGAAGCAUUGCUCAGCAGCCUCUUCAGUUGGAAAGUAAAGCUUUGAACGUUACAAAGAAUAAAUGGGUAAAUGGUACAGUGCCUGUGGAUAGCGCAAUUGGAAAUGAUACUUUCUUUGUUGUCACCUGGACAGCAAAAAAGCCAGAGAUUAUUCUUCAGGAUCCAAAAGGAAAAAUAUAUACGACCUCAGACUUCAAAGAAGAUAGGCUAAACAGUCGAUCUGCCCGUCUUCGAAUACCAGGCAUUGCAGAGACAGGCAGUUGGACUUACAGUCUUCAUAAUAAGAAUAUCUACUCUCAAUUGCUAACAAUGACAGUUACCACUCGUGCAAAAAGCCCCACCACACUCCCAGUAAUUGCAACUGCUCACAUGAGUCAAAAUUCAGCACAUUACCCUAGUCCAAUGAUUGUCUAUGCACAAGUCAGUCAAGGGUUUUUGCCUGUUCUGGGAGUCAAUGUAACAGCUACUAUAGAAACUGGAGAUGGAAAUCAAGUAACACUGGACCUCUGGGACAACGGAGUAGGUGCUGAUACUGUCAAAAAUGAUGGCAUUUACUCAAGAUACUUUACAGAUUAUCAGGGAAAUGGUAGAUACAGCUUAAAAGUUCAUGCCCAGGCAAGAGAAAACAUGGCUAGACUAAGUUUAAGACAACAGAAUGAAGCUCUGUAUAUACCUGGCUAUGUUGAAAAUGGCAAAAUUAUAAUGAACGCACCCAGACCUGAAGUCAAAGAAGAAGCUCAAGUGGAAGGCUUCAGCAGACUGACCUCUGGAGGGUCAUUCACUGUGACAGGAGUGCCUCCUACUGGUAACCACACUCCUGUGUUCCCACCCAGUACAAUUGCAGACCUUGAUGCUAAAUUUAAAGGAGAUCUUAUUCAACUUUCAUGGACUGCCCCUGGCAAUGUCCUCGACAAAGGAAAAGCUGAUAGUUACGUUAUAAGAAUAAGUACAUGUUCCACGGAGCUUGAAAAAGACUUUCACAACGCCGCUUUAGUGAGUACCUCUAGUUUGAUACCUAAGGAGGCUGGCUCGACAGAACACUUUGAAUUUAUACCAGAAUCUUUUAUGAUAGAAAAUGGCACCCAGGUCUAUAUUGCAAUUCAAACUACCAAUGAAGCCAAUCUCACCUCAGAGGUUUCUAACAUUGCACAGGCAACCAAGUUUAUUCUUCCACAACAAUCCAGUGCCCUUGCUCUAUGUACCCAUGUAUCUGCUUUCAGUUUGACAGUUUUUGGAUUUGCUGUGAGUUUGUCCCUAUUUUAA